UCCAGUCUGGUAAACAAGGUGCGCUGCUUCUGCUGUGCGAGCGGGUCGGGUCCUUUAGCGAAUUAAAUGUUUUUACACAUUUAGGGUUGAUCUGGAAGGUUAUUUCUCUCCAACUUCAGCUACAGUGAUAGCUAAGUUUGGAGAGGUGAGAAGGGGAAAAGUCGUGUUUUGUGUGUGUGUGUGUGUGUGUUUUUUGCGAAGGAAAUAUCUGCAACGAGGAUUUACUUUGCGGACCCUACAAAGGAAUUCAAUAGUGGAAAAAUAAAAGCGAAUAAAUAAUACAAUAAAUUUAAAGCACAAUGGACAACGCUGCAUCUAAGAACCCUUGCUGUGAAAGAAUUUGCGAAUUCUUCAUGUCUGCAAAAUUCCUCAUUUACCUCGGACAUGCCUUAUCAACCUGGGGGGAUCGCAUGUGGAAUUUUGCUGUGGCCGUGUUUUUGGUGGAGCUGUAUGGCAAUAGUUUACUCCUGACAGCCGUGUAUGGACUGGUGGUUGCAGGGUCUGUCCUCUUGCUUGGUGCUAUUAUUGGUGACUGGGUGGACAAAAACCCCAGACUGAAAGUGGCACAGACAUCCUUAGUUGUCCAGAACAGCGCUGUAAUUCUUUGUGGUAUCCUUCUGAUGGCCGUUUUCCAGUUUAAAGAACAGCUUUCCACAUUGUACAAUGGGUGGUUACUGACAUCAUGCUACAUUAUGGUCAUCACCAUCGCUAACAUCGCUAACCUGGCCAGCACAGCUAUGUCCAUCACCAUCCAGAGGGACUGGGUGGUGGUUGUAGCUGGAGAUGAUCGGAGCAAAUUGGCAGAUAUGAAUGCCACUGUCAGAAUAAUCGACCAGUUAACCAACAUUCUGGCUCCAAUGCUUGUGGGCCAGAUCAUGGCAUUCGCUUCCCAUUUCAUCGGUUGUGGUUUCAUCUCUGGCUGGAACCUGUUUUCCAUGUGUUUGGAGUACUUCCUACUCUGGAAAGUCUAUCAAAAGACUCCAGCACUAGCCAUGAAAGCAGGGCAGAAGGACACUGAUGACCAAGAGUUGAAACAACUAAACGUUCAAAAAGAGACUGGAAAUAGUGAAAGUCCCAUUGAAGGCUCCCAGCUGAUGAAUGAAGCUGCUGAGGUAAAGAUGGUCACUGAGAAGAAGACUAGUUGCUGCUACCAGAUGACAGAGCCCAUCCGUACCUUCAAGGAGGGCUGGGUAGCCUACUACAAUCAGUCCAUCUUCUUUGCUGGCAUGUCUCUGGCGUUCCUCUACAUGACAGUGCUGGGCUUCGACUGCAUCACCACAGGCUUUGCAUACACUCAGGGCUUGAACGGUUCCGUACUCAGUCUUCUCAUGGGAGCCUCAGCUAUAUCUGGCAUCUGUGGAACGGUUGCCUUCACCUGGAUCAGGAAGAAGUGCGGCCUGAUCCGAACUGGCUUCAUCGCUGGAGUGACCCAGCUCUCAUGCCUAAUGCUCUGUGUGGCCUCUGUUUUCGCUCCUGGAAGCCCCUUUGAUCUCAGUGUCUCGCCCUUCGAGGAGGUACUUAAACAUCUGUUUGGAGACAGUGCUUCGCUGCGAGAGAGUCCGACCAUUGUUCCCACUAUUGAGCCACAGGACCUGACCAACAUCCCCAUUUUUGAGGAAGCCCCCCAAGUGGAGUCCUACUUGUCUGUCAGUUUUCUCUUUGCUGGUGUCAUUGCUGCUAGAGUUGGUCUUUGGUCCUUUGACUUGACCGUGACCCAACUCAUCCAAGAGAAUGUGAUUGAGUCCGAGAGAGGCGUCAUCAACGGUGUCCAGAACUCCAUGAAUUAUCUUCUCGAUUUACUGCACUUCAUCAUGGUCAUCCUUGCACCAAACCCUGAGGCCUUUGGCCUUCUCGUGAUCAUCUCUGUUUCCUUUGUUGCCAUGGGACAUAUGAUGUAUUUCAGAUUUGCCUAUAAAAGCCUCCGGAGUCGACUCUUCCUCUUCUGCUCACCCGAGCAGAAGCCAGAUCCCAAUAUUCCCUCACUUCCAAAUUCUGUAUAACUCUUUAAAGAGACCGUAGCCCUACACCUACUGGAGUAUUGUGUGCUCUGCUCUUAACCUUGCCAGGGACCUGUUUAACUAACACGCAUGCUUUAGCUGCUUGCAGUGCUUUUGUAGCUGCUUGCAUUUGCCCAUUGCAGUAGAUGUUCUUAGCCAUAAGCUGAAAUAACAUUUAACAGCAUAGCUUGCUUUUGAGAUAGAGGUAGGGGUGUUAGUCAAAAAAGCAUCCAGUCCCACUUCAUAUUAGGUGUCUUUAACUACUGUGUACUAACAUUAAAUACAUACAAUACAAUGUAUUUAAUGUGUUACUACACGUUGUUCUGCAAAAUUCUCACAAGAUUCACAUUUGGUGCUACUGAGGUUGAUAGGAGUAUGGGGUAGGGUUAGGUUUAGGGUUAAGGGUAGGUUUAAUAGUGUACUUACAAUGUAAUUACAGAUUUAAUUAAAUGCAGGGACUUUAAAUGUAAGUAUAAUGCAACAACAUUUGUACAUUGAGUACAUUGUGGCAAAUGCUUAAGUACAUAAUAGUUAAAGACACCUAAUAUAAAGUGGUUCCAGCAUUCCUUACUACCUUGUGUUCAAAGUGCUGUAACAAUGCCUGAGAACAAAUUGUAGGGGGAAAAAUACAAAUGGAAAGGAUGGUUCUUGUGGUUAUACCAUGCUUUAAUGACUUUUGUAUAAAGCUCCAAAGCAAGCCAGGCAUAUUUAUUUUACUUUAACGUGUUUCAUUGGUUUUUUUGAUUAUAUGGUCAUAGUUAACCUUCAGACUAGGCAUGGAAGUUUUGCAAUGCGCUCUACUUAGAUAGUGUAGUUUUGUCAUUUUUAUCCCUCAGUGCUUUUUGCAAUAUAUGGUUUAAAGUCUCUUUAAUAGUUAUUAGGUUCAUGCUAGUUAUUCAUUCAGGUAUGCUAAUAUAUUUAUACAUUUGUAGUCAGUAUUCAGUAACUUAGCUUCUGUGGUGCUACGUUAUUACAACUAUUCUGAAAAAGCUAUGCAGACAUACAGUUUAUACAUGUAACCAAAGUGGAAUAGAUUUUUUCCAACACAUGAAAGUGAGGGAAUUACAAACAGUUUCUUGUCUUAUACAUUCUGAAUGGUGUGAACAUUAUAUGAUGGACAAUUUAUGGACAUAGGCCCUGAUACUCUCGCCCCACUGCAACUGGAAUUCAAGUUCUUAGCACUAUUGUUUCCUUUUUGUGACCUGUUUGAUUUUAAAGUGAUUUUAGCACAUAAUUCUUGUUCGUCAAGAUUGUUACACAAGCACUUUACGUGAUUAUACUUUGUCCAUUAUGAAAGAUAAGCGCAACAAGACACCAGGUUUUUCUCAAAACCUUUGCACAAGAUUGAAACACUGAUUGAAUUUAGUCCAUGGCUAGCAGGAAUUUUCACUGCAAUAAACCAUGGAAUUUGUUGAUCAAUAUUUUAUACUAAUAUCUGGCCCAAACAUAGCAACAGAAAUUGGAUUUUAACCAGGUGCUUGCACUAAAAACUGCCCCACCCUUAUCCUUGUGAAUUGUAUUUCCCUUUAAGUGAUGCCACACCUUAGAUUUCCCUUCAUUCAAAUCAACAUGCUAAUUGUUUAGACGUUCCAUACAAAAAAGUAAAUAUUACAAGCUUGCUUUCUUAAAGUCUUUGUUUUGACACUUGGUACUGCAUGCCCCUGCAUGUCUCAAAGCCACAAACUUUAUCCUUGUGGUACUGACAUCCUCUUGAAAACCACAGUUGGCUUGACAUACAUGUGAUUUGUAAGAGUUGUAUAAUUGUGAGGUUGGACAUCAGCAGAACUUCAAAUGCACUGACCAGAGAAGGGAUUAUUGAAUCCAUGCGGAAAAGUGUGGCUGAUUUAUUGUUGUUUUUUUUGUUUUAAGUGCAACUGGUCAGUAAUGCAGAUGCCAAGUUGAUCUUUGACAGUAAUGGUUUGUCACUUAAGCAUUUUUAAUAUACCUCUAGAAAAAUAUCUGGAUUUGUUUCAUGACACACUUUGUCCUUAUGAACAUACUGUUGUUUUUUUAAACAGUGUGCACAUUGUUAUGUCAAUGCAUGGUAUAUUGUCUAGGUCUUUUUGUGAAUGUGAAUCCUUAUUUACAUCUGUAAAAUAUUUUUAUAUUCUCAUGUUGACUAGUUGUUUGAAUUAAGUUUUGUCCUACAAUACAAUGCCACAUACAAAAGAUUUGUCCCUUAACGGAAUUUCAGAAAAUAAAAGCAUGCUUUUGUUAAAAUGUAACAAAUAAUUUAUGGAAAAUAUUGAUUCUGAUCCUGAUGUGUGAAAUGUUUGCAAUAACUGUGGUUCACAUUCCAAUGUUGUGGAAAUUGACACCUCAAGACUUGUUCGGAGUUUCCUUACUUAAACUGAAAUAAAAACAGAUUUUCAUCCAAA